AUGUCUAGAGUUUUAAUAAAGGUGUCUAGCCCUUUGGGACAAACUGUGUCUAUGGACCGAGUGUGCCGAAGAUGCCCAUUGAUAAUACAGGAUUGCUAUAAAAAGAGGUUCAGUAUUCAAACAGAAGAUGGAGACAGAAUUGAAGUGAAUGUUGGAAGUCAAUGUAGCAAAAUCAGAACCGUAUGUGAGUUUCCAGAUGUAUUUCCUGAAGAAUUAUCGAGUUUACAACCUGACAGAGAACUUGAAUUUGCUAUUGAGGUGUAUCUGGAGACAGAACAUGAUCAACAUCUCAGAAUAGUUCUACAGAUUCUACGAGAAAAACAGUUGUACGGGAAGGUGAGUAAAUGUGAAUUCUGGUUAUUGGAGGUGGUGUUUUUGGGACAUGUUGUGUCUAUUGAUGGAAUCAGAGUUGAUCCGAAGAAGAUUGAGGCGAUUGUUCAAGGGAAGGCACCAAAGAACGUAUCCGAGUGCCAGAAGAGUUUUGAGACAUUGAAGCAAAUGUUGACUGAGGCACCUAUUUUAACCUUACUAAAGUCAGGAAAGGACUUUGUUGUAUACAAUGAUGCUUCUCUGAGCGGAUUGGAUUGUGUAAUGUUCACUUGGCUUAGUAUUAAUGAUGAUGGAAGCUUGUUAGUUGAAUCAAGGGUUAAGCCAAUAAUGUUUGACCAAAUUAGAGCAGCCCAGCUAGAAGAUGAAAAGUUGAUGAAGAGAAAAAAGAUAGUACGAAAUGGUAUGGUAGAAAAUUUUAGUGUUGAUGAACAUGAUUGUUUGAGGUUCCAAAAUCGGCUUUAUAUUCCAACUACUUCUGAGUUAAAAGAUUUGAUUCUCCAAGAAGCACACGAUGGUACUUUUACUUUACACCCUGGUGGAACAAAAAUGUAUCGGAAUUUACGGGAGUUAUACUGGUGGCCAGGGAUGAAGAAAGAUUUAGUUGAAUUUGUUGGUAUCGCCUUGGAUGAAGGUCUUGAGGUUUGGCCGAAAAGGAAAAUUGUGUCUCGUUAUAUUGGGUUGUAUGAGAUUAUAGAAAGGAUUGGACCGGUUGCUUAUCGAUUAGCUUUGCCUCUAGAGUUACAGAAGAUUCAUGAUGUUUUCCAUGUUUCUAUGCUUUGGAGAUAUAGAUCGAAUCCUUCUCAAGUUAUUCCCACUGAAGACAUCGAAAUUUGA